GAUCUCGAGAAGUUGGACAAGCGCCAGAAAAGGGAGAUCGAGGCUUUGGAGGAACAGCGCGUGCGGCACCGGGAGCAGAGGGACUUUGAGUUCCGGGUGCGUGAGCAGCUGAAGCAGCAGAUCCGUGCUCUGGGCGGAGAGCCUGCGCCGCUG